AUGUUAAGGAAAGUGGCUGCAGCUGGUCCUGGAUUUCCAACACCUACUCGGAAGCUGAUCAUGGGCCGGCUCUUGCAAGAUUGCAAGGAUCCCACGGACGACGCGUUGAAACCGAUUAAGGACUCGUGGAGCGACAUUGGUGUGAGCAUUGCUACUGACGGAUGGACAGAUAUCUCUAGCCGCCCACAGAUGAACUUCCUAGCAGUGAACACGAAGGGAGCUGUCUUCUUGUUCGGCGUUGAUUGCGGUACAAAGAAGAAGAGCGGCGAGUACAUUGCCGAACACCUCAAGAGAGCCAUCGGCAUGGUUGGAGCAGAGAAUGUGGUGGGGCUGCUAAUGGAUGGCGCAAGCAACAACAUUAGCGCAGCCAACAUCGUGAAGGCGGAAUUUCCUAAGGUGGAAUACAUCCGUUGCGCGGCUCACAUCCUCAACAAUCUGAUGAAAGACAUUGGGGGGCGCAAAUGGGCUGCCAAAAUCAUUGGCAAGGUGCAAGACCUGAUUUCGGUUUUGAAGAAGGCACAUUGGAUCACCGGCUACUUCCGUGAGAAAAAAUCUCUCAUGCUGCUUAAGCCCGCGGGCACACGCUUUGGAACAAACUAUGUAGCGCUGCAACGUUUGCUGGAUGUGCAUCCUGUACUUGACCAAAUGGUGCUAACCACAGGGUGGGCUGCCCAGGCACAUGGGAAGAAGCGGAUGGUUGCGGCACGCGGCGUGAUUAGGGAUGAUGUUUUUUGGGAGGGGGUGGAGAGGGUGGUACGUGUCUUGAAGCCGAUUUACAUGCUCUUGAGGGCGGUUGAUGGAAAUCAGGAGGUUAUGGGGAAGAUGUAUGACAUGAUGCUGGAUUUAGAGGAGAGCAUGAAGACGGCUUGCAGCUGCCUGAGGAGCAAGGAGAGCAAGUGGAUUUUGGGGGCCGUGCGGCGUCACUGGAAUAAGAACAUCAACUGCGCCUUAUAUGUGGUGGGUCGGAUUUUGUAUCCACCGAAUCAAUACGAGAAGAUCUUCGGCAGGGACAUUGAGUGCACUAGGAUCUUCAAGCAGUUCAUAAGGGAUUACUAUAAGGGGGAGUAUGUGGUGGAUAAGGAUGGCACGAAGUUUCCAAUGGCGACCAUUGUUGAGAGGGAGAUUCUUAUUUAUGUGAAAGGAGAAGGGGCCAUUGGUGAGCCGAAGGCAAGGGCAGAUCUCGAGCUCGUGAAGGUGGGCAAGUUGGACCCCGCUCAUUGGUGGGAAUUGAGGAGCAGCAGCAAGAUCCGUAUGGACCGCUCGACGAUGACGACAUCUCCGAUGAUGCUUGCAUGGAAGAUGAAGAGGAAGAAGAGGAGGCGGAUAAGGAGGAGGAAAAAAAGGAGGAGGAUGGAGGAGGAGGGGGGGGAGGAGGAGGAGGAGGAGGAGGAGGAGGAGGAGGAGGAAGAGGAGGAGGAGGAGGAGAAGGAGGAGGAGGAGGAGGAGGAGGAGGAGGAGGAGGAGGAGGAGGAGGAUGAGGAGGAGGAGGAGGAGGAGGAGGAGGGGGGGGAGGAGGAGGAGGAGGAGGAGGAGGAGGAGGAGGAGGAGGAGGAGGAGGAGGAGGAGGAGGAGGACGAGGAGGAUGAAGAGGAAGAAGAUGAGUAG